AGUUCUGGCGCAGGAUGUCUGAGAGGCCGGGCCCUGCGCCCGUGAUCUUGUUUUCGGGGAGCUCACCGAAGCGCGUCCUGGUCUCCGUCAUCAAGACCACCCCUGUCAAGCCGCCCCGCGCAGGCAGCGAGGAGCUCGCCCGAGCCCCGCCGCCGCCGCCCAUCCCCACCAGCCCGGGCUUCAGCGACUUCAUGGUGUACCCCUGGCGCUGGGGGGAGAACGCGCACAACGUCACUCUCAGCCCUCCGCCGGCGGCGGGCCAGCCUCUCCGCGAUGCGGGCGGCGGGGACGGCCGCGGGGCCAGGGGCGCGGGCGGCCGCGCCGGCGCAGACGACGAAGAAGCGGGCAGCCCGGACAGCGGCAUUGGGAGCAGCGGGCACCUGAGGGAUGGGAUUAGAAGAGGCCGACCAAGAGCAGACACCGUUCGAGAUCUAAUAAGUGAGGGAGAGCAUUCUUCUAGCAGAAUUCGCUGUAAUGUUUGCAACAGAGUCUUCCCACGAGAGAAAUCUUUACAGGCACAUAAAAGAACUCAUACAGGUGAAAGGCCUUAUUUGUGUGACUACCCUGAGUGUGGGAAAGCUUUUGUUCAGAGUGGGCAACUUAAAACGCAUCAGCGUCUCCAUACAGGAGAAAAACCUUUUGUCUGUUCAGAAAAUGGAUGUGUAAGCAGAUUCACCCAUGCAAACCGUCACUGUCCCAAGCAUCCAUAUGCAAGGCUGAGGAGAGAGGAACCUACGGACAGCCUGAAUAAAAAACAAACCGCAGCUAAUAAAGCUGUUGCUGAAUGGCUGGCAAAAUACUGGGAGACGAGAGAGCAGCGCACUCCUACAUUGAGAAGCAAAACUACUCAUAAACCUGAUCAGGAGCAGCAGGAUCCCAUGGAGUAUCUUCAGUCUGAUGAAGAUGAUGAGGAGGAAAAGAAUACUACCCAUUCAACUGCCUGUAGCCGCCUUCAGGAACAGCGUGAACGCUUGCAUGGGGCAUUAGCACUCAUUGAGCUUGCAAACCUGGAUGGAGCUCCACUGCGACAGUAGUAGAAAAUCUGAACCUGCUGAUAAAUGUACUGCAUUUUGGUACUUAAACCAGUUAGCUCCUCAGCAUAAGCUAAGCACCUUAUUUGCUUUCAUAGGCUGCUAUUUUGUAGAAUUUAUGAAGAAUGUUGUUGCCCCAAGAAGACGGGGUAAGAGAAUUGCACUUUUUUUGUAAGGUAAAGUCAGACAUAAAGCUUUUUAAAGUAUUUUGUAAAUAGACUGCGUAAUGCAGGGUGAAAAAUUCAUGAGAUUGAAUGCUAGAUUUGCAAGGUUAGGACUGUGCUGCUAUUCACAAUUACAUGGAAGUAAGCCACUGUGCAAUCAGGGGGACUUUCCUCCAUGUAAAAGUGUUUAAUACAGGAUGCCAGUCUUUCUUGGAUGCAGUUCUCACAGGAAGCACUUUCUG